AUUCACUAUGCCUCAGUCUAUUGAAGUGGUUUGACAGGCUAACUGCCCUGGGACUUUUGCACUUUCACAUCAUUGAACAGAUUCAGAGUCACCCGUGUAUCAUCCAUUCACGAUGGACGACUUUGAAUACAGUGUGCACAUCUCCGACUAAGACUGGGACUGUUUUUUUCAGGAGUGUGAGGACUGUGACCUGCUCUCUCCAGUGCUUGCCAGCCGAGAGGACUCUGGUAUGAGUGACAUUGAUGAGACGGGCUGCCUCUUUCUAAUCAGGACCCCGGCCGUGGGCACAGCAUCCACAGACCCUGAUCCAGACCUUCAGAUUGAUGGCCCGCCAGACUGUGAGGGUUCACCUGUCUGUAAUUACCUCAGCAAGUACGGAAUACGUAGUCCAGAGCAGGUUCUCUCUGGCAGUGAGGAAGACUUGCACCUUCAGACUGUCAAUCUAUUCUUUGAGCAGUUAAAAAGUGUCACAGAAAAUCAACAGCCCUUGGAACAAAGCCACGUUGUCAUUUGUGAAAGUGAGAAGACAGGACAUCUGAAGGGUUUGAUUGAUAAGCAGGAUAUUCUGUCUGUAGACCUUGGUCCAUCUGGCCGAAAUGAGGCCAGUCUUAGAGGAGAAAUCACUAAAAAGGCUGUGGCUAAUACCUGGGGCGAUAUAGCCUCAGAAAAAGCUUUAGAGAUCACAUCCGCUAAUGUGCAUGAAGAUGCAUCAAAGUCUGACACAGAGCUAGUCAUUGGAGGGAAGCUAUUGACAACACCCCUAAUUACAGUAAGAAUGAAACAAGGGGAACAGGGAAGAUUUAGCAGUCUCAGCAAAGAUCUAGAGCUGACUCCUGAAACAAAGCCACCUGAAAAAGAGAAAAUGGUAGUGGUUAAUAGAAAAGACAUGACUGACCCAUAUCCAGCAAGACAAAACAUUGCUCAACUGGAUGCUAUAAGUAGUUCUGACUCGAAAGAUUCACCAGUCGGUCAGAUCCCAGUGUCACCUUCCAAUCUCAGGAGAAAGAGGAGGAAGAAGAAGAGAUUGAGUAUCGAACCAGUAGAGCAAGGACAUGAGGCUCAGAUCCACUACCAUCAAAGUGAAUCAGAGGAAGAGAGAUUUAUUUACAGGGAAGAGAUCAACAACCUUCCUGCAAAUGUCUGGAAGACCGAGCACCUAUCACUUCAGAGAAUUAAAACACCUUCAAUUGUGCAUAAUACUGAUCAUUUACAGCUUAACAACACAUCUGAUUUGGAGGCUUCAGCUGAUUUUAUGUUUUCAAAAAGCUUGCCAGUAUCUUUUGCCAGUGAUUUAGGCACCACACUUCCAAAGUCGGAAGUUGGACACAUAAACUUUAAUACUAAAAGCAUGCAUGAUACGUCCCUUGUAAACAAUGGACAAUUGAAAGCAAAGAUUUGUGAGCUGUCAUUAUUUUCCCAGAUAGAUAAAGUUCUGAAUGUAAAAGAAAGUGGAUUAAAUAUAACCGAAUCCCUUCAGCUUGAUCCUGCCGUACAAUUAAGAGAGAGCAGGACCGGUAUUAGAGAGACCUUAUCAGCACCUCUAAGUGAUAAUUCUGAUGCAGGAUGCCAGAGGAAAUCCUUAUUAUCUCCUAGCAUUUCCAGUGCUGUUGAUUCAACAGAGACUCCUUCCAUUACAGUCUCUUUUAAAUUGACGGAGGGCAAAGAUUUAUCCUGUAUGGGAAAUGAGACUGGCUGUUCUCUAUUAAAAAAUGAACAAACAAUUCCAAGCAGUAGUAAUAUAUUAGAGAUUUCAGCCACCAAAGAAAGCAGCUUGUUUUUAACUGACAACGUUGAUAGAGUAGAAUCUGGUUCAGAUGGAAAUGGUCCAGAAUCCUUUACUUGUUCACAGGAAGUUUCUCAAAAACAGAAAGCAUGUAUUCAUGAGAACAUUUCAGAAUUUCAAAGCCAUUCGGGCUCUCAAACCAUUGAAAUAAACACAAAUAUACCUGUAAACAAGACAGAUGCAAAGACUGCGAGUCAUAUGUCUGAUAAUAUUGAUCAUGGAACAGAUGACUGUCAUAUGCAAAGCAGAAAUAAGACUAGUGAGAUAUUAAUUGUGAAUGCCUCGCCCAUAAAACCAAGGAAUUCGGAUGAAUCAGAUGACAAGAGAGACAUUAAUGAUAAUGAAGUUGCUGUUUCAGCCAGGAAUAAUAGUGAACAGCUAUUUUGUGGCAAGUUCAUCAAAUCUAGUGAACACAUACAUGGUCCUACAAAAGAAAUGCUCAGUGAAGAUCAUACUCAAGAUGUUGCAGAGUUACCUCAAAAUAUGUUUGCUGAAAGUAACCCUUCUUCCGGUGAGUUGAAAAGUGGAACCAAAGACCUUGAGAGUGCUUCUCUUGAUGCUUCACAUCAACUUCCAUGUCCUGUGUUUGCUAUCUCCUCCUUUUGGAAUGAAAUGGAGAAACUAACCAUCAAUGACAUAUUGCAUCUGCAGUUGAUCAGUAACUCCCAGCACCCCAGCAUUUUGACCCAGGCAGAGGAUGGUAGCAUAGCAGACACUACAGAUGCUGCAGAUUCAGGCUACUUUACACAACCUGAUGACUCUAAGCCGGACCGCUUAACUGGAGACACGUCUUACAUAUCUGAUCUGGAUGAAGACCUCGCUCAGCUUCAAACCCCAUUUCCUUCCAAGCAAGAGGAUGAGUCAAGUGAGUUUCCUAGCUCUUGUGGGGUGAUGUGGGAGAAUGAUCCAGAUCCAGUGGUUGUGGUUGACGCAAUGGUGCACAUAAGUUCUGAAACCACUCUUCCUGAACAUCUCUACACGGCUAAUGCUCAACAGUGCUUCAGAAGAAUGUGUAAGAACAUGUCUGUGCAGAACCCGCAAGCUCUAGACACUCGUCCAAUCAGACAAAUCCUGAGCAAUGCCUCAAUGCAUUCAAUCCAUUCAGAGGUGGAAGAUGAUUUAAUGGAUCCUUUCUACCAUGUGAACACUUCAGGUUCAAAGAUCUUUUCUGAUGACGAAGAAGAAAUAGAGAGCAGUGGUAUAACAUUUUAUGAAAUAAUCCAGUAUUUCUUUGGUGAGGAUGAACCUGAAAAAUGUGUGUCUCGUGCAGACAACAUAGCUGCCUCAUACCUUGAUGAAACAGGCACCUCUUUGCCUGAGACGUAUGACCAUUUCUUCUCCGAGUUUGAUGCUGGAAGUUUUGUUUGUCCAAUUGUGGAAGAGUCCCGCUCAGCUAACAGAAUCCUUCAGUUCCCAGAGGCAUAUGACUAUUUCUUUCCCGAUUCCCCUGGGAAUUCAGAUGAAGAUGAUGAGAAUGACAAUGCAGCGAUCAAUGUAGUGACACGGUAUGACUAUAAGCCUCCCAACCAUGAUCCUGUUGACAUGUACGAGCACUUCUUUUCUGAAGAUGAGAGCGAAUUCCUCUGGACAAACCCUCUUUCACUUAGAAAAGUUCGACGCACAGGUUUUACCGUCCCUGAAGAGGAGACAUUUUCUGGGGAGCUUGUCCCUGUGAAGACAUUUCCCAAAGGAAUCAUUCAACCUAUUAAUGAUAUGAGCCCUGAUGGGAGCCCUUUCCCAGAUUCUUUGCUUCUCAACCUGGAGAACCGCAUCUUCCAGCAGCUGACUGAACAACAAAAGAAGUGUAUGGAGAUGCAGACAGUUGUUGCUGAUCCAAGAUUGGAUGCUCCAUUCUUGCCUCUUAAACAGGCAGACAUGUGCUUGAUUUGUAUUGCUUUUGCCUCGUGGGUGUUGAAAUCAACUGGUUCAGGAGCAGACACCUGGAAAGCUGCUCUUCUCGCAAACGUCAGUGCACUCUCUGCCAUACGAUAUCUGCGCAGACACAAGAGGGAGGAGGUCUUUGGAAAAACUCCUUUGCGUCAGAUAGGCAGCAUAACUCCAUAGCACCGCGACAGCCCCCAGAUCUGAUUUCAGUCACAUUGCCAUGUUUCCAUGUAAUCCAAAAGGGUGGUGGCGAAUGUCAAACAUGUGCAUGCAUGACUUUUCCAUCCUUCUCAGUACAUAUUAUUAUGAUUAACACUCUGAUGUGUGUUUCUUGCGGAUGAACUCAGUUGAUAUACAAUAGAUGUAGCUAAAUAUCUGAGAAAAAAAAACUGUGACUUCAGGCCAGUGGCAUUUCAAUAAUCUGCAUAUCCAGAUUUAAAAAAGCAAUGUAGUUUGUUUAUGAAAUGACCAAAGCUCUUUAUCUGAUUCUGAGAUAUUGUGGAUUCACUGUUCACAGUGAAUGCUGUUGUGCGUUGUGAUGAGAGCAUGAGAUGAUGAGAUGAUUAUGGAGGUGUUAUGAUGAAGAUAGACGUGUGUGUCUAAAUAAGUGUACCUGUGGGGAGGUUCAAACGUAUAGGCGGUUUAUUGUGAUACUAUUGGGAUAUUUUUGCUGGGCCAAAUUAUUUUGGUGUAUUUAUAGACCAAGUAUAAAAUCAGAUACCCAUGUGAUGAUGCCACUUCCGAUCUGAAAACAGUGUUUGAUUUCUUCAAAUUUCAGUCAUAUGGUGCUCCCAGUUUUAAAUAUUAUGUAGGAUAAAUAAAUCUGAUUUAAUUUGAUUUAAAUGAGGGUACGGGUGUUUUUUGUUUUUUUGUCAGUACACCUGUAUGUCAAUAGUAAUUCUUAUGUUGCCCACUAGAGGGGACUAAACAGCCAAUUGUAUUAUGAUUGUGCCAGUCUACGGUAAGAAACCUAAACAUUUUUUACAAAUUGUAAAAUUUAACAUUUGUUAUAAUUGAGGGGAACGAACAUUGCCGUUUUUAUGGAAAUAGAACAAAAAAGAUUUGUUCUAACAGUUCUGGAGAAAGUUAAGAAAAAAGUAUUUGCUUAUUACCCCAUUGAGACAUGCAACGGGUACUUCUAAAUGUUACCAGCAGAUGGCAACAGAAGACAGCUGUAAAGGUCACAAUAAAUUCCGCGCGGACAGAGACCUCUCUGACGUUCAUAAUUCAAAUGCAUCAUUUCCAACACACUGUUGAAGGUUCACUUUCACAACGUUUUUACAGCAUUUGUCACCGUUCAGAUGUACUAAAUUAAAUUUAGGGUAAGAUGACCCACCUUUUUCUCUUGACCAUAAAUGGCAAAAAAAAUAUCAUCUCAGCACUAAUGAAUGGCUACGCUAUUUUUAAUUUUGUGUGAAUAUCAACAUCUGUUAGAUUUGUGGGGUAAACGUUAUAUUUAUUAUUUUGCAGUAAAACGUUAGACCCUUGGUGGGCCCCCGAGAAUUAAUACAGAAGGCCCCGAGUGGCAUGUAGUUACUACUAGUGUUUAUUACUUAUUGCAAUUAAUGGAGUUAUUUAAUAUUUCCAUGAAUUAACUGUACA